GGCCCUUCAACAUGGCCGCCCGCUGCUGAAGCCAGACGGGUUCGGGUCACCUGUCGUAGCGGUGUGUACCGCCGCCGAGCACGGAGCCGUCAGCCAUGCCCGUAAGAACGACGGAGAUCGUACCACCCCUGCCAGCCAACGCGCAGCAACCUGGCGUCACCAGGUCGCUGCUCUACAACGGCUCCCGGUUCCAGGGCCAACAGAAGAGCAAAGGCAACAGCUACGACGUCGAAGUUGUGCUUCAGCAUGUGGACGAAGCAAACUCCUACUUGUGCGGCUACCUGAAGAUCAAGGGCCUCACAGAGGAGUACCCGACACUCACGACAUUCUUCGAUGGAGAGAUCAUCAGCGGGAAGUACCCAUUUCUUACGAGGAAAUGGGACGCCGACGAGGAAGUCGACAAGAAACACUGGAGCAAGUUUGGGUCGUUCGAGGAUUACACCAAGACAUUCAACUGUGACAGUUUCAACUACACGAGCCUCAAGGCAUCCGAAAACGUUUUCAUGAGGUGGAAGGAACACUUCCUGGUUCCUGACCACACCAUCAAGGACAUCAACGGAGCAUCCUUCGCGGGCUUCUACUACAUCUGCUUCCAGAAAAAGUCGGCCACCAUUGAAGGCUACUACUACCACCGAAGCUCCGAAUGGUACCAGUCACUAACGCUACGGCACGUGCCGGAACACAGCAUUCAGAUAUACGAGUUUCGGUGAGGACAGCGGACGUCUGCAAACGCGGCAUCGGCGGCAGCGGCGUCCAUUCCCGCCAGUCACUCCCGUCCUCUGCAUCACGACAGGGCAGUCACUCGAGUCGCCGUCCUGCAGCAACAUUGCACUCCAAAUCGGAAAGAGCUGAAUGGCUGGCAUUCAGUCCGUCGCCAGCCGCGCCGAGGCGUCUGUGAUUGGUCGACGAUGAUGACAGCUUCGAAAUUGUGCGCUCCGUCACAAGUGUCUGCUGCUGCUGCCGCGGCGAGUGUGUUUAGUGUGUCCGUGCCAUCAUCAUCGCCACCGGACUUGAGCCCCCGAAGAGACGGUCUUCAUUCACCGUGUGCGCGCCUCCGUCGUCUUCAAAACUGAAUGUGCGCGCUGCUCUCUGAACAAAGAGUGCUCGAAGCGGGGGAUGGCAUUUCUUCCUUCUAGUCCCGUCGCCAUCGGCACCGCCGAGACUGUAAGGGUUGCACCAGUAAUUUUUUUUUACCCUUUCCGUUGUUCCACUGGUUGUGACUGGUGUUUUCCUAGUGAAAGGAAGAUACGUUGGGCUGACGAAGCCUUAUCGCAUUCUGUGCUUCCGCGUUCACCCUGAUUAACGUUUAAGGCAUGCGGCGAGAAACUAACCUCGUGCAGGCCCGGGCCUGACAUUUCUUUAUCAUAGUUCUUUGGAGCGGGGUGGAAUCAAUGCACAACAUGGCGGUUGCGCUGUUGCAUCGUACAACAACGGAAGCAUAAUUCGAAAUGAGAUUAUUUCUAAACAAGCUGAUUGUGCAGUGCUGAUUUGUUUAGUUUUACAUGCCUUGCAUGCUAGUUUCUCUUUUUUUUUUAUAGGCAUACGUUUAUCUUUUGACAAAUUUAUGUUGGCAUUUUAAUCAGCUAUGUACUGUUUUACAAGAAAAUGCAUUAGCGCAUACCGUAUGCAGCCCAGUUAUACGUGCAUGUAAAAUUAAAGAAAAGUUGUGUUGUGACGGAUGUGUUUAGAGAUGGCAGGAAGCCACGCAUGAUUCUUAUUUACAUUUGUAAGUUGCAGUAUGCUGUGAAUGCGUAUUAGAGGCUGCUGCACUUCUAACAAUCAGCUCAGUGUUUGGCUGACAGCUUCACCUGCCAUCCUGUUAAUGCCCAAAUGAGAACUAAGUUAUGGUCUUAAUUUUGUUACUUUCAAUAUUUGACUUAGUUACUGCAUUUGAAACAUCCCACAAGGUGUCACCGAACGAAAAAGAGGCUCGGAGCAUUUACUCCACAAGGCAUUCAAUGAAGCAUCUUCAGCUUAGUAAUCCAGCAAUUGAGGGUGUGCAUGACGUCGGCAGAAGAUGCCUGUAGCCACUAUGUGCUCGGAGCUUUAAUUUCGACCCCAUUUUAAGUUUUGUGCGUGUCUGCAUUUACUGCAUUCCUUUUUUUUUUUUUUCAACGGUCUCUCUUCUACAGUGGUGGUAACUUCUAUUUGGACGAAAUCACCCGUUCAAAUCCCAGAACACUUGGUCUUCAGCAAGAAAGUUGCUGAGUGACAAUCGUGACUUGUUCGUUUCCUAAUUGUCUUCCUUAUUAUUUCUUAAACUGUAGCUUUGAAUUACCUUUGGCUGUUGCAGGUCAAUGUUAGAAUUGUGAAAAAGGACGAAAAAAAACUGUUUUCCUAAAAACGCUCUCAAAUCUCCAGAGUGUUCUUUGCCGAGGUAAGCACCUUUGAUGCGCCCCACUAGUGAGCUCUUCAGUAUGUCUUUAGAAGCAGCGACCAAAUAGAGGCACAUACCAUGUCCCCCUCAGUCAAUGGCCCUUGAGGAAUUUUGACGGGGUAAUUUGCUGGUUAUUUUCAUUGCUAAUAUAAUUGCAAGGGCUCCACAAAUGCAGAGCCGUCAUUAAUAUUGUCAAAUACUUGUUUAAUUUAGCAACUUUCUAGCUAAGUUACCAACACUGCUCUUAUAGCAUUUGAUAAGACUGCCUUGGUUCUGGUGUUCUGCUUCCAAACGCUAGGUUGUGGGCUGUAGUCUCCUGGCUGCAUUCUAAUGAAGGAACAAUGCAAGGAGAGGAUUAUUUAAGAAAUGGCAAAGAGGUUGGCCUGAUUUCGACUCCUCUAGUCUUCUGCUCUAAAUAAAAAUGGAGUAUAGGGCAAGUUGGAACACAUGUUCAUGAUUUACAACAUAAACAUACGGAGACAGGAAAAAAAAAGUAGGGAUGACGCAAGCGCUGUCUUUUAAUUGAACGUUUAUUGGAAACAUGCCAAUUAAAUAUGUAAGGUCACAAAAAAAAAAUUUGAAGUGUCAAAACUGCGGUGACAAACUCGACGGUCACAUGGGCGAGGUGCAGUUGUGUGUUAUCUAGAAAGGCAAACUGCCGAUUAGUUGAGAGCAUUAAAUGGCUGGCUCACACAAGACUGCACGUGCUUUUCAAUCUGUAAAGCUUCGGCAAUUUUACGGGAGCCAUGAUCUCUGCAUCAUUUUCUUGUCUCGAUCCUGUUGCGCUGUAGAUAUACCAGCUGCUCUGCUCCGGGAUAAAUCCAAGGGGAUAGAAGGAGGGUUACAAGUGGCGACGACGUCGACAGAACGCAGAAAUGUUCAUGUACGCACUGAAGAACUGCGGGUGUUCAAAAUUGGGAGCGCUUCACCAUCACAUCUUUGUUUUUCUUCUAUUUUUAUUGUAGUCCACACAGCAUCUUCAGAACAUAGAACAUUAUCAAAUCAGUUGAGCAUGUGACUUACAAGUCGACAUCAUGGGAUCCUGCCUCGUCCGAUGCAAUGUAUAGCUUGAACGGGCUGGAACAGCCUUAAAGGGGUACUAAAGACGAGAGUAGUUAGUAGACUGGUAAACUAUUGCCCCAACGCUAUUUACACUUACGUGGCCGAAAAACCUUGUCGUACGAGGUAAUGGAGGCUGGACUUCCUCGAAAAAUCACGCUCGGGCCACAUUAACAAUGACACUAGUACGGUGUCGCAAAUUAUCUGCACUUAAACAACCUCUCUUACAUUACAUGGGGAGGGGUGAUUCAAAAGUAUGUUUCAAACAAUACUUGUGAAGUAAAUCUUGUACAGCACUUUUUUUAAAGUGCUGUAGCAUUUGCUCCGGGGCAGCAUGAAGACAAUAACGACCAACACAGGGUGCACAAUAUUCUACUGUAUUUCAAUGCAUUGACGAUGUCAUACAUCAGUGUGCUAAUUCCUUGAAAUGAGGCUGGCAUCACCAGAUGCGUAGAACUGCAAUGUGGCAUAGCACAUGUCUGCAAAGACACCAGGCACAGCUUUUUUCGUUUUUGUUAGGUAAUCUGGGCAAGGCAUUCAUAAGUUUUUAGCUGGAGGUUACCGUUCAAAGCAAGCAGCAGAUCUUGUAGCACUGUAGAUAUAAGAAUAUACUUAAUGGGUUAACAGCUCUAGAGGGUACUUCAACUUUGCUUAAUAGAGAGGCAAGGAUAAUUUACUGCUGACCAUUACCAUUCUUGAAAUUUCAUUCAUCGUUCAAAUGCAUGAAUUAUACUUCCUUAUACUAAUGCAUUCGCAGCAACUUACAUCAGCUUGAUAAUUCUUCAAGAUUAGGUUGGCGUAACAGAUGCAUGCGAGUAGAACACAUCUGCAAAGGUGCCCAGGCACACAUUUAUUCUUUAUAAGCUAGCUUGAGGAAGGCCUACACAAGUUUUCAGCUGAAUGUUAUCGUUCAAAGCAAGGAGCAGAUUUCGAAAGAGCUGUUUUCUUCGUUCUUUUCACCUUUUAUCAGUGGCACGUGCACCAAGCAUGCUUUUAUCACCAGGAUAAGCCACUCGGUACUACGACGGUUAAGAACAUAAAGGAAAAGAGUGGUUUCAAAAAACAGCUUCAGCUGAUAGCGAGGAAGAAACGUGAAGUCAGCGUGUUUGUCUCCUUUUGUUUACACCUCUUUGGUUCCCUCAUUAAGGUGUCUGUCUUCACCAUGUGUAGCAACACCCCUUUAUCUUCACUUUCAAGAAAACCUUUCGAGUGUACAGGGGUCGCAGCACCUCUCGCGUCAAAAUCCCUUUAUGGUUAAAGGGGUUGCAGCACACCUUCAUAAAAUUCUUUGGAGUGUAAGGAGUCUUAGCACCUCUUUAUCAUCUCGAUAAACUUUUUUGGGGUGUAGUUAGCCACUCAAUAAUUGUCAACCUUGUGUACGUUUUCUGACCGCAACACUAUGCACCUGUUACUGUCCUGUCAAGAAAGGCAUGUGCACGUCAGCAUACCAUAGCAUUUCCAACAGGAAAGUACCAGGCUGAGAGCAUUAGUGGAGAUGUACACGUGAUUGAUCGUGGUUGUACAGCGGAAUUACACCCGAAAGGGUGUACAACUUUAAAAGUGAUACAGACGUGCAGCUUGUCAGUUUGCAUUCCCUUCUCUGCUGCAAUUAUUUUGCCGUCUUCAACUAAGCUGGCCCUAGAUUCUGUCAUGGAUGUCAGUAUUCGUAACGCAGAAGCGUUGUUUGUCGAGGCCUCCCCCCAACUUGCUGUCGAAAUCGCAUAACGAAGCUUGCAUCGCCGUUACUACACAGCUUAAAUCAGUGAAAAAUGUUCCUUUGAAGAAACAAGGAUUGUCAAGAUCAAGGCUUCUUCCAACGUUGAUUUCUUUUACAUUUGGACGCUGUGUGGCCGAACAAAAUUUUUCUAAUCGUACAUCCCAGUGUACCUUAAUUUCUUUCCUUUAGUCCUGUGCACAUCUUUGUGUUAGCUGUUGCUUGCCCUGUCUCUUGCCAUUCACAGCUCGUUCUUCAAUUCGUCAAAAUCUGUAAUAAUAAUUGUCAUCAUUGGGGUACAUUUAAGCUUUUGUGCUUACCUGCACCGACUUGAAAUUCAGUAGUUCUCAACUUAUUUCUUACAGGUGUCUAGAGGACUUUUUUGCUUGUCACGAAACGACCUCGGUGAACUGUACAGUGGCAGCAGAAUAAGAAGGCCGCUGCACUCGCAGAUCAGGAUGGCAGAAUCUUCACUGGACCUCGUAAAAUUACUGUAGCAGCACAGCAGUCAGGCUAUAUCUUUAUUUAUGUAAAUCAUUUAACAGCCUGUGUGUUUUUUUAAUUAAGGACAGAAACAUUUCAUAAGACAUCUGCAAAACAUGAAAAAAAAACAUUCGCUCUGUUCUGUUUGUGCACGCACCAAGUAUGUGUGGUUGCUUUUACAGAAAUGCACACCUAUUUGAGCUAUCGAGAGCUUAGCUAUUACGAGUGCAUUUGCAAACAAGGCACUCGUCGACAAAACAUAGCCGCUACAGUUGCUCUUGCUAGCAGCUACUUCUGUGUGCAUUUUGGCACGCAAUGUUACUUUUCGGUCAUCUGGCACUACCGUCUCUGCUGUGUUGCAGGACUGUUACACAUCAACGUUUCUCGCACUUCUGCACAGUCCAAAUAUGGUCUUUAGACUUGUUUGCCGAGUGCAUGCAACACCGCGAGCUCCUGGUUAAAGCGGUCUAUGCGAUCACACUUAAAAGCACCAUUUGGUGCUUUGAAGCCUCGCUGUCUAACAAGACUAGUGUCACACUGUAGCGGCACUUAAAGGGACAGUAAAGGCAAAUAUUAAGUCAAGCUUAUUAAGUCAAGUAAUAAAUUAGUGCUUGAAGAUGUCUAAAGCAUCAUUAUCACGAACAGAGGUUUAGUAAUCGAGAAAUUAAGGUAAACGCCGGGCACGAUUAGACUCCCUUCCCCGGGACAUUCAAUGACGAAGGCACUCGUCAUUAUAAUUAUGUCACUGGUACUCAAAUGCUCGUAAUAAAGAGAUCAUUUCAUUACGUUAUAAUACGAAAGACAAUAUGUCCAGUUAGUUCUAUUUGAUUGUUGGAAAAACUCAUUGACGUUGCCUUUGACGACAAUGCAAGUGGUCGAAAAGUCGUUUUCUCCAUUCUGCACCGCCCGCGCUUUCACGUUUCAGUAGUUUCGUUAUCGCCUAAUGCUGCGCUGGUCUUGCUGGCUCGCGAACCUCGCACAAACUGCAAGUAGCAGAGAAUUCCACUUCCAUGUGAUGUCGUGGGAACCCCGAAUGGUCCACACACCACUUGACAAAGAGCAGCUACAGCAGCGAAUCUUGGCUCAGUUUCUCCAUGUGGCCGUGCAUUUGCGUUUUGCGAAAAAAGCUGUAGCACCGUCUGUUGGGCACCGUUUUACUCAGCGACAGCUGUAAAGGGCAGUGAUGGCACAUUCAUUGUCACCGCUCCUUGCUCCGGGGUGGGCGAUUUGAAUUGUGCUAGAGGUAUGCGGACCUUCAGGCGCAAUUUUCUCAGAAACUAAGUCGUUUCUUCCCACGAAACAAGUGGUCUGAAGUUUCUGGAACAGUAUUUUGACAGUACACGUCGCCUUUAGUGUCCCUUCAAGCCUCACGAAGGAGUAACGACGACGUGUUCGACUGACCUUUCUUUUUUUUUAUUAAGUGAAGGUAUCCUCGUAAGCCGUAAAAAAAAAUAUCGGGAAGUGUUGAAGCAACCUGAAUAAUUAGCUAUAAUACUUGUUUAUACGCACCGUAUUUGGUUUCAAUACCUAGAAACUACAUGUGUCGUGACAGCUUUGGCUCACUUGAUUCCUGCAAAUGCUGCAGCUGCCACGCACGAGCAGUGGCGGAAAAAACGCUUGCCGUGGUUUUAUUUCUCUAAUGAUCAGCAUCAUCAUACGUAGCCUUACUGUUACACUUACUGUCGGUGACGCCACAUCGGCAUUUAGAGAGACCUUUCGGUAUCAAGUCAAAAUAUCCGACGUUUAAGCUGCAUUCACGCGACAGAGCAAAUCGAGAUUUACGCUUGCGGAUUAUGAUCAUAUGUCACCUGUUCACGUGGUUCUCCCCAAGUCCCCGGGCACGAAGCGAUUUGCGAUACGGCGGGAAGUCAAUUCACUGGUGUGAUUUUCGGCUUCGUCACGUCUGCACCAGAAGGUUGCUCCGUCCACGCUACAAAGUGAUCCGAUGCAUGUCACAUGUCGCGUCUGGUUCAUCCGCGAUCACAUCCGUCGUGUGACUCCAGUUUUAGAGACUGUCAUACUCGCUGAGUGCAGUCCUUUUACGUGCGAGGAGAUGAGUUUGGUAGGAUUUUUGCAACUUCGAAAGCAUGUAAAUGACGUUGAAAAACUGCACAGGACUUGAAAGCCGUGGUCUGACAACAUUGAUGACACCGGUAUUGGCUAUUUUCAAAGCAUUCUUGCACUUCUUGUUUCGUACUGGUCUCGGGUUUCAACUAGUGCACGCUCAUUUACAUAAAACGUCCUUUGUCUACAUUCAGUCGGAUGCUAUUUUGAGAUAAAUGAGCUUGCCGGAAAACCAUUGUCCGUGCACCAUCUAAAACUGUGGUGAAUCGGCGCUGACGAGAGCAGUACACUGGUCUCUCUGAAAGUGUGUCUGCUUUGUUGCUGUUUCAUUAUUUCAUUAUCGUUUUUGAAUGCACACUCGUUAACUUAAAAUGACCUAUAACUGCUUGGGUUUGUGCUCUCUUGCUGUCUCGUUGGUUUAACAAACGUCUGCAAGCGUGCACUCAUUUACACAAGAUUGCCUUAACCAGAGAAAAUUAGGUGGGGUGAUGAGACUGGGAAAUUUGUAGGCACAAGUUGGAAUCGGCUAGCGCAAGACAGCGGCAAUUGGAGAUUGCUGGGAGAGGCCUUCUUCCUGCAGUGGGCAUUUAUAAACAGGCUGAUGAUGAUGACCUCAACCUAGGUUCGUGUGACAGGGAUGUUUCAAUGCCAUUUUGAGAUGAACUAAUUAGAGUAUUUCUUGGAGCUGCUUCAAUGGACAGUGGACAUAAAUAUAGGCUGAUGAUUUGUCUGAGUACCAUCAAGAGCUGUGAUGCAUCAAGAUUAAUGGCAGCAGUCCAUUGACCUUUGAUUUGUUGCUGUCGCAUUGGUUUCUUGAACGUCUUUGCACACACACCCAUUUAUAUAACAUGUCUUUUUAACUGUGCUUGGUUUAAUGGACGCACGGUCUCUCGCUGUCUCAUUGGUUUAACACAUCAGCAAGCGUGCACUCAUUUACAUAAUACCAUUUUAACCAAGGCACAUGUGAGAAGGCCGUCUUUGUGGUCCCGCUAAACACUACGCAUCGUCCGUACUGUGCGGCAGGUUUGCCGGUGGCGACCUAAUUUUUUCCACGUGUACCUCGAGAAGGAAUGGCCUUCCCCAGCGCUGUUGUUUAUUUGCGCGGUUCACACGGGACGGCCCGUCGGGAGGAAGAUGCGACGACCUGAAUCGCAGCAGGGCUUUCGUUUUGUACAGUAAUUUAUACACGUGCGCAACUUGUGAAGCUGUGUUUGGAUGACUGUGCACUUAGAAUGAAGUGACUGGGAGGACUAUCCUCGGGUGUUUCGUUGGAGUGUGGCAGAAGACCCAAUAAAAUAUUUUCGGUGGUUCAAAAGAA